CGCUUGUGUCCUCCCUGGUAAACAUGGCAGCGGUAGCAGCGAGCAGUGCGUAGUGAAGCCUUUAGCCUAGCUUUAGCCUCGGCUUCUCAGCUGUCAACAUGGAGGAGGAGGACGCUGCAGCCGACCCCUAUCUGCCCUACGACGGGGGAGGGGACACCAUCCCCUUGCAGGAGAUCCCUAAAAGAGGGUCUAACUACGUCAUGUCUAACGGGGGCGGGGCACCCAGCAGCACCACCCACCUGUUGGACUUCCUAGAGGAGCCCAUCCCUGGUGUGGGGACCUACGAUGACUUCCACACCAUCGACUGGGUCCGCGAGAAGUGCAAGGACCGCGAGAGACACCGGAAGAUAAACAGUAAGAAGAAAGAGUCAGCAUGGGAGUUCACAAAGAGCCUGUACGAUGCCUGGUCUGGAUGGCUGGUGGUGACGCUCACUGGCUUGGCCUCAGGUGCUUUGGCUGGCCUGAUUGACAUUGCUGCUGAUUGGAUGAACGACCUGAAGGAGGGCGUGUGUCUGAGCGCCAUGUGGUUCAACCACGAGCAGUGCUGCUGGACGUCCAAUGAGACCACCUUUGCUGAGAGGGACAAGUGUCCUCAGUGGAAGAGCUGGGCUGAGCUAAUACUUGGGCAGGCGGAGGGUCCGGGCUCGUACAUUAUGAACUACUUCAUGUACAUCUACUGGGCUCUGUCCUUCGCCUUCCUGGCUGUCUGUCUGGUCAAGGUGUUUGCACCCUACGCCUGCGGCUCUGGGAUCCCUGAGAUCAAGACCAUCCUGAGUGGGUUUAUCAUCCGUGGCUAUCUGGGCAAGUGGACACUGAUGAUUAAAACCAUCACUCUGGUGCUGGCUGUGGCGUCUGGCCUCAGCCUGGGGAAGGAGGGCCCCCUGGUCCAUGUGGCCUGCUGCUGUGGGAAUAUCUUCUCCUACCUCUUCCCCAAAUACAGCAAGAAUGAGGCCAAGAAACGAGAGGUCCUCUCUGCUGCGUCGGCAGCUGGGGUGUCCGUGGCUUUUGGAGCACCAAUCGGAGGAGUUCUCUUCAGCUUGGAGGAGGUGAGUUACUACUUCCCUCUAAAGACGCUGUGGCGCUCCUUCUUCGCUGCCCUGGUGGCGGCCUUCGUGCUGCGCUCCAUUAACCCGUUUGGUAACAGCCGUCUGGUGCUGUUCUACGUGGAGUACCACACGCCGUGGUACCUGUUUGAGCUCCUACCUUUCAUCCUUCUGGGAGUGUUCGGGGGUCUAUGGGGCGCCUUCUUCAUCCGAGCCAACAUUGCAUGGUGCAGACGGCGCAAGUCGACUCGAAAGUACCCAGUGUUGGAGGUGAUCCUGGUGGCGGCCAUCACAGCUGUAGUUGCUUUCCCAAACCCAUACACACGUCAGAACACCAGUGAGCUGAUAAAGGAGCUGUUCACUGACUGCGGUCCGCUGGAGUCCUCACAGCUCUGUCAGUACCGCAGCCAGAUGAACGGCAGUAAGGCCUUCACUGACAACCCCAACCGACCAGCAGGGUCCGGUGUCUACGCUGCCAUGUGGCAGCUCUGCCUGGCGCUCAUCUUUAAAAUCAUCAUGACCAUAUUCACCUUUGGACUGAAGGUACCGUCGGGCUUGUUCAUCCCCAGCAUGGCCAUCGGGGCGAUCGCAGGGCGAAUCGUUGGCAUCGCUGUGGAGCAGCUGGCCUAUUACCACCAUGACUGGUUCCUGUUCAAAGAGUGGUGCGAGGUGGGCGCUGACUGCAUCACUCCAGGGCUCUAUGCUAUGGUGGGGGCUGCAGCAUGUCUGGGUGGUGUGACCCGUAUGACCGUCUCCCUGGUCGUCAUAGUCUUUGAGCUGACUGGCGGUUUGGAGUACAUCGUCCCUCUCAUGGCUGCCGUCAUGACCAGCAAAUGGGUGGGAGAUGCCUUUGGCCGUGAGGGAAUCUACGAAGCCCACAUCCGUCUCAACGGAUACCCCUUCCUGGACGCCAAGGAGGAGUUCACACACACUACGCUGGCCAGGGAGGUGAUGAGGCCACGACGCAGCGACCCACCGUUAGCGGUGCUGACGCAGGAUGACCUAACUGUGGAGGAGCUGCAGAGCGUCAUCAAUGAAACCAGUUAUAAUGGUUUCCCUGUGAUAGUGUCCAAGGAGUCCCAGAGACUGGUGGGCUUCGCUCUGCGCAGGGACAUCACUAUCGCUAUAGAAAAUGCCCGUCGUAAGCAGGAGGGCAUCAUGUUAAACUCCAGGGUUUACUUCACCCAGCAUGCACCCACCCUACCCGCUGACAGCCCUCGUCCCCUCAAGCUGCGCUCCAUCCUGGACAUGAGCCCCUUCACCGUCACCGACCACACCCCCAUGGAGAUCGUGGUGGACAUCUUCAGAAAGCUGGGGCUGCGUCAGUGCUUGGUCACUCACAACGGGAUUGUGUUGGGCAUCAUCACAAAGAAGAAUAUAUUAGAGCAUCUGGAGGAGCUCAAGCAGCACACGGAGCCCCUGGCGACUUCUUGGUAUUAUCACAAAAAAAGAUAUCC